AUGAAAUUAGACUCCAAGUCCCAGGAUAAUGGCGUUUUCAGGAACGAGUUAGAAGCGCGCGGGCGCGGUACGGAGUCAGCGUUCCUCGGCGAGCUACACUCGACGCUGGCGCCCCCUGCCGCGCCCGACCACGACUGGCAGCACACCCUCUCACUUAUACUCAAAGGCCUCGUUUUUACAACCAUCAUUAUCGGAGCUCUCUUCGGCAACGCCCUCGUCAUCAUAUCUGUCCAUAGACACAGAAAACUUCGCGUCCUGACGAACUAUUACGUCGUCAGUCUAGCCGUAGCUGACAUGCUCGUCGCAUUAUGCGCGAUGACCUUCAACGCAAGCGCUGAACUGACUGACACUUGGCUAUUUGGCCCUUUAGUCUGUGAUAUCUUCAACUCCCUUGAUGUUUACUUCUCCAGUGCAUCAAUACUUCACCUUUGCUGCAUAUCCGUUGACAGAUAUUAUGCUAUAGUCAGACCUCUGGAGUAUCCAGUCACUAUGACUCAUAGAACUGUGUGUUUCAUGCUAGCAAAUGUAUGGUUAUGGCCAGCCUUCAUCAGUUUCGUGCCAAUAUUCAUGGGCUGGUAUACCACAGAACAGCAUCGCCAAGAAAGAUUACACCAUCCUGAUGUUUGUAUGUUCAAAGUGAAUAUGGUUUACGCUAUUGUAUCAUCAAGCGUUUCUUUCUGGAUACCCAGUCUAGUUAUGAUAUCAAUGUACUGUCGAAUAUUUAGAGAAGCUAUUAGACAAAGGGAAGCAUUGACGAGAACUUCUUCAAAUAUUCUUUUGAAUUCUGUCCAUAUGAAGCACACUUCGCAUUCAGCGCAUCAUUCACAUUACCUGCAUCCCGAAAGAAGGCCAUCUGAUAUCAGCCCGAACUACAGUACGUUUACAGAAGUAGGCCCAGAAGAGACUGAAUUUGGUGGAGAAGUUAUGAUGGCUAUAGGGGACAUCUGUCCAAGUAAAGAGGCUAGUCCAAGAAAGUCGGUGAAUGUAAGCUGUGAUACUGCAAGUUCUGGUUAUUGUUCUGGAGGGUCUAACAAGAGAUCUUCGAGUGGACAGCCACCUCCUGGAUGGAGACCAAGCUGUUCUUCUGCCGUGGCGACUAGAGACCUAGCAAAAGCUGCUACAGAACUCAACGCUCAAGGUGCGACUCUGCGAGCGGCUGGGAAGUCGUGGCGAGCGGAGCAUAAAGCCGCGCGCACACUUGGUAUCAUCGUUGGCGCGUUUUUGUUGUGUUGGCUUCCUUUUUUUCUAUGGUACGUCACAACAAACGUGUGCGGCGAGCCAUGCGAGACACCAUCUGUCGUUGUCGGCGUCCUAUUCUGGAUUGGCUACUUCAAUUCAGCACUCAAUCCGCUCAUUUACGCCUACUUCAAUCGCGAUUUUCGAGACGCGUUCAAAAAUACGCUCAUGUGCGCUCUACCUUGCUGCUUCAGCUGCUGGAAAGACACGGGAACCGCGCAGUUUGUGUAG